GUUUCUGUGUUGUGUCUUUGUGUCUAACUGUGCUUGUCUUCCUGGCUGAUGACUGUUGUUGGGAUUUUGGCAAAGGCAGUGGGUAAUGUCUUGUUGUUGUGCGUACACACUCACUCUAACAGGACAUAGGCACACACAUUCCCAUCACAAACAGCUACCGCGGCAUGGAUUGUCUUUCAUAGUUGUUCACAGUGUGACUGAGCUGUUGUGAGGAAAAUCUUGGCUGCCUUCUGUAUUUUCAUUUAUUUGAUGGUAUGUAAGUGAAGGAGGGUGAGGGUGAGAAUUUGGGAGGAGGGGGGUUGCAGUACCCCCACCCCUGCUAUUACCUCUUGUGACAUCUGAUGGAAGUCAACAAUCAGCAGCGGCUCAUACAGCGUGUUUAAAUGUGCCCUUGUGUGUGUCAGAUAGUUGUGGGUCUCUCCUGGCUAUUUCACAUUGCUGUAAAACUAGCUCUGUGUAAUUCAUUUAAUUUACAUUUUUUUCAUCCACCCAUUUAGCAUUGCUUGUUUUGUUUUGCAAUAAUUCUCUAAAUCCUCUUCAGUUAAAUUAGAAUUACAUUUUGAAAGAAAUCCACAAAAUUAAAAAGAUAACUUCUGCCUUUUUUGAGUGUUUAAACAAGUCCACCUGUUCCAAAGUCUCCAUAUUCAUGGACACCUGUUGGCAUCCAGCACAAUACCAACGCAUUUUGUUAAGAAAUGUCAGCAGGUGGCAGCUAAAGUCCUGGAUUUGUACUACUGUUUAUAUCACCAUGUCACCUGUUGAGUUGUUUUUUUUUAGGUCCUGCCAUACAACAAAACAUUGAAUUGUCAUCAUGUGCUGUUUCAGUCUUUUUUAAGUCAUAAAACUUUUGAAGGAUGCUGUAAUCAUAACAAAAUCCUUUUCCCUAAUAAACAAAAAAAAUCCUGAUGAUAUAAUGAUUAUAAUCACUGAGGUGAUUUUAAGUUCUGAAAACAUCUUUUUUUGGGGGGGGGGCAGAGAGACCCUGCAGUUUCAAAUGUCCCUGCCACGCCUCUGCCAUCCCUCCCCCUCCUAAUGAAGGCCCACCUGUCACGAGGCUUGUUUCUUCACACCCUUUACGUUAUCUCUGUCCAGACUAAUGCUGGAAAGCCACCCAUGACUCGCUCUUCCCUGGCUGCUCAUUUUGGGGCAUUUAGUAACCAUAACUGUGGCAGGAUGUAAGGUAUUGAAGCUCUUUCAAAGUUUACACAAAAAAGCAGUGAGAUACUAAAGUUUCAGGGUAAAGCAGCUAGAUAUCAGAAAAUAUAUUUGCCUCAUCUCUUCCUCUCUGUGUCUGACAAGAGAUUACUAGAGAUAUUUUCUGUUGCAUUGGUGAUACUGAUCUGAAGAGGUCACAUUACUAACCCUAAAACUCUCUUCUGCGCAGCUUCACAUUUAGCAUGUUUACUGUCUGUAUAGGUCAUGUGGAACCUUGAAAAUUUGUCAGUUGUAACAGGUCAAAGGUGCCACCAGGCCAUAAUGUGCCAGUUUUACACCGCCAUAUUUCCCAGACAGCAUGAGAAGCCUGUUGCAGGUUCUUGAGACACGUAGGUCUGACCGGUCACACAACAUAGAUGCGUACUGGCCCUUUCUCCACCUAGCUGAACUUCCACAGAAGCUUAUUUGCUGCACGGUAUUGUAGCUGAGCAGUGUUUUGGUAAUUCAGUUGCUGGUAAGGCCCCUCCCAAACCUGUUGGGCCAUGUUUGCUUUCAGAUCAAUAUGUCUCUGUCUGUUUUUGUGUGUGGAUGUGUGUUCUUGCUGAAGGUUGUUCCUGUAUUUCUUUAAAAAGUCCGGUAGUGGUUCAGUACACCUGCUUGGUUUGAGGCACUGCCAAUUUCCAAACCAGCCGGUAGCUUUUGAAACCCUAGCAGUGUUACAAAAGAGAUGCUGCAUCCAUGAGUCAACACUUUGAUGACUUUUUCUUUGGUUUAUCCUGGAUAAAUGUAGCUUUUGUGUGCACAGAACAGCUAACAGAUAAUACAGUCCUACACUAAAUAAUAUCUUGUUUGAUCCAAUGCCUUUACACGAGUCGUUGUUGACACGAUACCCCAAAAUUGCUUAAAUUUUAAGACAUGCUUGUGCAAGUCUGGUUAUUGAUCAGUCCAAACCCUGUUCGAAACCCAGAUUUCUAAGAUGUCUAAGGUGUCACUAGUAGUCCUGAUUGAUUUCCAAAGUGUCUGUAGUUUAGCUGCCAUGGCUCAUUGUUGUUAUCAUGAUAAAGUUUAAAGUUAGAGAGCGUGGUAUCUUGCUCUUGCUCAUGGGAAGUGUUAAUGUUAUCAGUCUAAGAUAGGAGUAAAAGGAAAGCGUUUGUUGUGAGACAACUCGAAAAAGAAAGCUGGCCGAGAUGCUUUCAUGCAGGGCGUAAAGCAAACGUUAACUUCAUUUCCCAUGGCUAAAAUGGCAUUAGGCAACACUAAAGAAUGCAUUGACCUACACAACACUACGCAAAAUGUAAUAUUCUUCAAAGUUGACUCACUACUCUAAGGACACGAAGACGAAUAUUUGAUGCCCAGUUGCUUUGGCUGUAGUUUCGUGUUAUGUGCCCUGACAUUUACUCUAUGAUGUCCUUUUGGAUAAGGUUUUAUUGUCUUUGAUACUGAAGCAUUAAUGCAGCUGCUCUUCCUGCUGAUCUGUCCCCUUCGGUCUAGACCCAUCAGGGGGCUUUUUUUUUUCUUAGCUGUCCUAUUUUUCACUGGCACCCAUUCUGCAUGAUGACAGCUCUGUCCUCUAUCUACUCACUAGCUCAAUGGCUCGAGCUAUCACUUAUACAGGAGUGAGAGCAGACACCACACGGUCUGACCACUUGUGAUUUAGCUUCUGGUCUUACGCUAUUGACCGUGAUAGGCUGCAUGUGCAGAUAUGGAAACGCUGAUGCUGGCAUUUUACUCCAUCGAUGACCAGUAUGGAGAAAGAUCGUGAGAAGGGUGGGGACGGGGGGAAAAAUGCUGUGAGUCACACACAAGGUGCCUCACUCUGCAUUCUCCUCCUGAGCUUUGACCUUUCAUCUCUGUUUGUCUGCCCUUACACAGACAAUCAAAAUCAGGAUGAAUAUAUUUUAUGGUGCAACAGAACCCAGAUCUGUCGCACCAUUUACAUUGGCUGAUGGCUGUUUUGGAACCAGACUGUUGAUUUGCUUAAACUGCUUUGCAUAAAUGAUCGGUUGAGAAUUUUCAGGCGUAACAUGUAGCUGCUGUAGCUAUGGAAAGCUCUUGCUCCAGCACUCUUCUGCAGUCGCCCAGAAGGUGUCAGAGUUUUUACAGAACGCUGUGAAGUGUAACAUCCAGUUUGACACGCUAAGCGCAUGGAUGACAUUCAAUCGCCAAGCACAUGCUCGUUUAGAGCUACAUGUGGGGCCCUCUCAUAGCUGUGUGGGCUGUGAUGGUUGACUUCUGGUUAUGGCUUUGGCUUGGUUCAUGGAAAAGCCAGCAUUCUUCCUGGAAACAGGCAGGAGUUUUAUUCUGGAGCAAUCCAAUUACUACUUACAAUACAGUACAGCAGUGUGUGUGGGUUUGUAUGUGUCUGUUUUUUCCAGGGCUCGUGAGUGUAUAAAAAAAAAAAAGUCUAAAUGGCCUCCACCAUUGUGGUUGGUGCUGGUAAACCAGUGGGCAUGAGUCAUAAAUUAAACAGUACACUUUUUCCUUAGGGGCUUAUGGAAGCCGGUUUGGAUACAGCUCUCAUGUCCUCUGGGAAUAAUGAACAAGCUGUGAUGAGACACACAGUCAGAUGGAGCUCGUAUAGAGCUGAUUUAUUUAUGAGCAGCACAGGGAUCAUAGAAACAAAUACGAUUCUAUGAUCUGACCCCCUCCUUAAGGCAGAUUAAUUAUGCUUUUUUUUGUCAUAUAGCACAGAAGCGUCACCCACAUGCUAUACAAAUCUUUUUUUUUUUUUCUCAAAGAAAAGUGGAUGAAGGGACAGUGAAGGGAGCUAAAACAGCUUGUUUUAGAUGAUAUAUUAAUUCAUAGGCCCAGAAUUAAGUCAACAAGUGUUAUUUUGUACAGUGAGUCAUAUAAUGCUAAUUUAGUAGAGUCCAAGAAUCCAGUGUGGCACUGCAAAUGCUAGCUGUCAGUGUGAAGGUCUUAAUGUCCCUGUCAACAUUAUCGUUAUCUUUUUAUUUGAUGUCAAAACAUUAAAGUUUCCUGUAAAAUAAAAUCAAGGAGGUCAAGUGAAAGUAUCCGUAUCAGCAUCCAGUGUGAUAAGAUCCUGGCAGACAGGUAGUCCUGGGUCAGAGAUCAGUGAUCUGCACUUUCCCUUCAACAUUUUACUGCGCUUUGCCCCGUCCUAAAUAUCCAGAUCCUAAAGUAAACCGGUAAUGGGUAGGGGCAUAUUCACUGUAUUUACUUUCAGGAUUAUGUGCCUUAGGAUUUGUUAAGCUUGAAGAUUUUCAGACAGCACUGGGGACUAAUCUGAAUAAAUACAUUGUAUUCUGGCAAGAUGCAGGCUAUUGAAACUCAGCUUUUGCAAGGUGAAAAAAGCAGUGAGAGACGAAAGUUUCAGGUUAAAGCAGUUGGACUAAAUACUAAUCAUAACACGACAGAAGUCUAGUCUGCUAUCUUGGAUUAGCAUUAAAGAUGCAGUGAAGCCUCAUAAUAGUCUCACAAACCGACGUGCCUGCAGGUGCACAAACACCUCUGUUUUAAAUGCUUGUACAAACUGUAAACUGACUCUAGACGAGUGACAGUCUGAUAAAUGGAUGGCUGUAGGGCAACAAAGCGCUUUUGCUUCCAGUUUUACAUUUGUCAUGGUUCUCAUGGAGCAGAUAUGCUCAACCAAAUGACUAAUAAGUCAAAGGACGUCAUAAUUAAACUAUGAAAAUUAUGUUGAGCUACCAGUCUGCUGUCUAUUGUGUUUGUCCUUAAAAGAGCCCAGCACUGGGCUGGGCCCUGCCCCCCUCAAAGAAACGACUUUCUGUUUGAAAGUCAUUCCUGUUUCCACUCUUUACACCAGCUGGCACAGUUUACCUGAAACACAAAAGGCUACCUGUGUACACUUCCAUUCGCAUCAGCAUGGCUGGGAUGUGGAACUUUGAGCGAGGGAAUUAUCUGCAUGAGAUGAGCUCGCAUGGAGAACGAACCAGAUACCUGUACAGCAAGAUGUGUUGUGCAGAUGAACGAGACCGAGUCCAGAAAAAGACCUUCACAAAGUGGGUGAACAAGCACUUGAUAAAGCAUUCGAGGGUAGAGUCACAGCGUCAUGUGACAGACCUGUAUGAAGACCUUCGAGAUGGACAUAACCUGAUCUCGCUGUUGGAGGUCCUCUCUGGAGAAACACUGCCGAGGGAGAGAGACAUGGCCAGGAGCGUUCGGUUGCCUAGAGAGAAAGGCCGCAUGCGAUUCCACAAACUUCAGAAUGUACAGAUAGCACUGGACUUCCUCAGACAUCGGCAGGUCAAACUGGUUAACAUCAGAAACGAUGACAUAGCUGAUGGGAACCCUAAGUUGACCCUGGGGUUAAUAUGGACCAUCAUCCUCCACUUCCAGGUCUCCUCUUCUAUCUCAGAUAUUCAGGUCAACGGCCAGUCAGAAGACAUGACGGCCAAGGAGAAGCUGCUGCUCUGGUCUCAGAGGAUGACAGAUGGCUACCAGGGCAUCCGCUGUGACAACUUCACCACCAGCUGGAGGGAUGGCAAACUCUUCAAUGCUGUCAUACACAAGCACUAUCCCAGACUCAUCAACAUGGGCAAAGUGUAUCAACAGACCAACCUGGAGAAUCUAGAACAAGCCUUCAGUGUGGCUGAGAAAGAUUUGGGUGUGACCCGCCUGCUGGACCCUGAAGAUGUUGAUGUCCCACACCCAGAUGAGAAAUCCAUCAUCACUUACGUGUCCUCCCUGUAUGAUGCCAUGCCUCGCACUGAUGUACACGACGGCAUGAGAACCAACGAGCUGGAGCUGCGCUGGCAGGAGUACUACGAGCUGGUGACUGUUCUGCUCCAGUGGAUCCGUCACCAUGUCAUGAUCUUCGAAGAGAGGAAGUUUCCUGCCAGCUACGAGGAGAUAGAGCUUCUUUGGCGCCAGUUCUUGAAGUUCAAAGAGACAGAGCUGCCAGUGAAAGAGACGGAUAAGAGCCGCUCCAAACACAUCUACCAGUCCUUUGAGAGUGCAGUGCAUGCUGGUCAGGUCAAAGUCCCUCCAGGCUACCAUCCCAUUGAUGUGGAGAAGGAGUGGGGUCGACUCCACGUGGCCAUUCUUGAGAGAGAACGACUCCUCAGGAUCGAGUUUGAGAGACUCGAGAGACUUCAGAGGAUUUGUGGUAAAGUCCAGAAGGAGUCAGGAAUGUGUGAUGAGCAGCUUGCCCACCUGGAGACCCUGCUGCAGACGGACAUCCGUCUGCUGAACGCAGGGAAACCAGCUCAGCACGCAGCAGAGGUGGAGAGGGAGCUGGACAAGGCAGACAAUGUCAUUCGCCUGCUCUUCAAUGACGUGCAGGUACUCAAGGAUGGGCGCCACCCUCAGGCUGAACAGAUGUACCGCAGAGUUUACCGCCUCCAUGAGCGCUUGGUGAAUUUGCGCACCGACUACAAUCUUCGUCUGAAGUCUGCCGUGACUACUGCCCAGGUCCCAAUUACCCAGAGCGUCCAGCAGACCUCCGUGAAGGGACGGCCCGAGUUGGAUGACGUAACCUUGCGUUAUGUUCAAGAUCUCUUGGCCUGGGUGGAGGAGAACCAGCGCCGCAUCGAUAACGCAGAGUGGGGAUCUGAUCUGCCUUCGAUGGAGUCCCAGCUGGGCAGCCACAGAGGCUUGCAUCAGACCGUGGAGGACUUCAAAUCCAAAAUCGAACGGGCUAAGGCUGAUGAGACCCAAUUAUCUCCUGUCAGCAAGGCCACAUACAGAGAAUACCUGGGAAAACUGGACCUUCAGUAUGGCAAACUACUGAACUCUUCCAAGUUCCGCCUAAGAAAUCUGGAAUCACUGCAUGCCUUUGUCAGCGCUGCUACUAAAGAGCUGAUGUGGUUGAAUGACAAAGAAGAGGAAGAGGUCAACUUUGACUGGAGUGACAGGAACACUAACAUGACAGCAAAGAAAGACAAUUACUCGGGUCUCAUGCGAGAACUGGAGCUGAGGGAGAAGAAGGUCAAUGACAUCCAGACUUUGGGAGACAGACUUGUCAGGGAUGGACAUCCAGGCAAGAAGACCGUUGAGUCCUUCACAGCUGCCCUGCAGACUCAGUGGAGCUGGAUCCUCCAGCUGUGCUGCUGUAUAGAGGCUCAUCUCAAAGAAAACACAGCCUACUACCAGUUCUUUGCCGACGUUAAAGAGGCUCAGGAUAAGAUGAAGAAAAUGCAAGAGAACAUGAAAAAGAAAUACAGCUGUGAUCGCUCUACAACAGCCACACGCCUAGAGGAUCUGCUGCAGGAUGCUGCGGAAGAGAAAGAACAGCUGAAUGAAUUCAAGACUGUGGUGGCCGGCCUGAACAAGAGAUCCAGGUCAAUCAUCCAGCUGAAACCACGAAACCCCACCACUUCCAUCAAAGGCAAACUGCCCAUUCAGGCUGUCUGUGACUUCAAACAGCAGGAGAUCACUGUCCACAAAGGAGAUGAGUGUGCACUCCUCAACAACUCUCAGCCCUUCAAGUGGAAGGUCUUGAACCGUUCUGGACACGAGGCGAUGGUGCCUUCUGUCUGCUUCAUUGUACCUCCUGUCAACAAGGAGGCUGUGGACGGUGUGUCCAGUCUGGAUGCAGGUCAUCAGGGAAUGGUGUCCAUGUGGCAGAUGCUCCAUAUAAACAUGAAGAGUCUACUGUCAUGGCAGUACCUGAUGAGAGACUUCACACAGAUACGCUCCUGGAACAUCACAAUGUUAAAGACCAUGAAGCCAGAAGAGUACAGGCUGAUCAUGCGGAAUCUGGAGCUUCACUACCAGGACUUCAUGCAUGACAGCCAGGACUCGCAGCUCUUCGGCCCCGAUGACCGCAUGCAGGUUGAGGACGACUACACCAAGUCCACCCAGCAUUUCGACAACCUGCUUCGCUCCAUGGAGAAAGGAAUAAUGGUUGUUAGGGUUAAAGGUCAACAGAAUGAGACUCUGUGUAAGAACUACAUCUCUGAGCUGAAGGACCUGCGUCUGCGUAUAGAGGACUGCGAGGCUGGUACUGUGGCACGCAUUCGCAAACCUGUGGAAAAAGAGCCUCUCAAAGAGUGUAUUCAGAAGACCACAGAGCAGAAGAAAGUUCAGGGAGAACUUGACAGCCUUAAGAAGGACCUUGAUAAGGUGUCUGUUAAGACACAAGAAGUCUUGGCCUCCCCUCAGCCUUCCACCUCAGCUCCUGUGCUGCGGUCAGAGCUCGACCUCACUGUACAGAAGAUGGAUCAUGCCCACAUUCUUUCCUCUGUUUAUCUUGAGAAGCUAAAGACUGUGGAAAUGGUCAUCCGCAACACACAGGGUGCUGAAGGCGUUCUCAAGCAGUAUGAGGACUGUCUGCGUGAAGUUCACACUGUGCCCAGUGAUGUCAAGGAAGUAGAGACUUACAGAGCAAAGCUUAAGAAAAUGCGCACUGAAGCUGAGGGUGAACAGCCAGUGUUUGAUUCCCUGGAAGAAGAACUGAAAAAAGCCUCUGCUGUGAGCGACAAGAUGGCUCGUGUGCACAGCGAGCGCGACGUUGAGCUCGACCACUUCCGCCAGCAGCUGUCCAGCCUCCAGGAUCGUUGGAAGGCCGUGUUCACCCAGAUCGACCUUCGCCAGAGAGAGCUAGAGCAGCUCGGCCGCCAGCUCGGUUACUAUCGUGAGAGCUAUGAUUGGCUAAUCCGCUGGAUUGCCGAUGCUAAGCAAAGACAGGAGAAGAUUCAGGCUGUGCCUAUCACCGACAGCAAAACGCUGAAGGAGCAACUUGCCCAGGAGAAAAAACUGCUGGAGGAGAUCGAACAGAACAAAGACAAAGUUGAUGAGUGUCAAAAAUACGCUAAAGCAUACAUUGAUACUAUCAAGGACUAUGAACUCCAACUGGUUGCCUACAAAGCUCAGGUGGAACCUCUUGUCUCGCCCCUCAAGAAAACCAAACUGGAUUCAGCUUCUGACAACAUUAUUCAGGAGUAUGUAACACUGAGGACCCGGUACAGCGAACUGAUGACUCUGACUAGUCAGUACAUCAAGUUCAUCACAGACACGCAGCGCCGCCUGGACGACGACGAGAAAGCUGCAGAGAAACUCAAAGCAGAAGAGCGGAAAAAAAUGGCCGAGAUGCAGGCAGAGUUAGACAAACAGAAGCAGUUAGCUGAAGCUCACGCAAAGGCUAUUGCCAAAGCUGAGAAAGAGGCUCAAGAGCUGAAGCUCAAAAUGCAGGAAGAAGUAAGCAAGAGAGAAAUUGCUGCUGUAGAUGCAGAGAAGCAAAAGACCAACAUCCAGCUGGAGCUGCAGGAGCUCAAAAAUCUCUCAGAGCAGCAAAUCAAGGACAAAAGUCAACAGGUAGAUGAAGCGCUUCACAGCCGGACUAAGAUCGAAGAGGAAAUCCGCCUCAUCAGGAUCCAACUCGAGAUAACACAAAAACAAAAGUAUACCGCCGAAUCUGAGCUCCAGCAGCUUCGCGAUAGAGCGGCUGAAGCAGAAAAACUCAGAAAGCUUGCCCAAGAUGAGGCUGAGAAGCUCCGUAAACAAGUAAGUGAAGAGACACAGAAAAAGCGCCAGGCUGAGGAGGAACUCAAGCGCAAAUCUGAGGCAGAGAAGGAAGCUGCUAAACAAAAGCAAAAAGCUCUGGAGGACCUUGAAAACCUCAGGAUGCAGGCCGAGGAGGCUGAAAGACAAGUGAAGCAAGCAGAGAUUGAAAAGGAAAAACAAAUCAAGGUCGCUCAUGAGGCUGCACAGCAAAGUGCUGCAGCUGAACUCCAGAGCAAGCACAUGUCAUUUGCGGAAAAGACCUCAAAGUUGGAGGAAUCACUCAAGCAGGAGCAUGGUGCUGUCCUUCAGCUGCAACAGGAAGCAGAACGCCUCAAGAAACAACAGGAAGACGCAGAAAAUUCCAGAGAAGAGGCUGAAAAAGAGCUCGAGAAAUGGAGGCAGAAGGCUAAUGAGGCUCUUCGUCUGAGGUUGCAGGCCGAAGAAGAAGCUCACAAAAAGACCCUCGCUCAAGAGGAAGCUGAGAAACAAAAGGAGGAGGCAGAGCGUGAGGCUAAAAAGAGAGCCAAAGCCGAGGAGUCAGCCCUGAAGCAGAAAGAAAUGGCUGAAGAAGAGCUUGAGAGGCAGAGGAAGAUAGCCGACAGCACAGCCCAGCAGAAACUCACUGCCGAGCAGGAGCUCAUUCGACUCAGGGCGGACUUUGACAACGCAGAACAGCAGAGAUCCCUCCUUGAAGAUGAACUUUACCGCCUGAAGAAUGAAGUCGCUGCAGCUCAGCAACAAAGGAAGCAGCUAGAAGAUGAGCUGGCCAAAGUUAGGAGUGAAAUGGAUAUCCUCAUUCAGCUGAAGACUAAGGCAGAAAAGGAGUCCAUGUCUAAUACAGAGAAGAGCAAGCAACUACUUGAGGCAGAAGCUGCCAAGAUGAAGGACCUUGCUGAGGAGGCAAGCAGGCUUAGAGCCAUUUCAGAGGAGGCUAAGCAUCAGAGGCAGAUUGCUGAGGAAGAGGCAGCUCGUCAGAGGGCAGAAGCUGAGAGAAUUCUCAAAGAGAAGCUGGCUGCGAUCAGUGAGGCCACUCGCUUAAAAACAGAGGCCGAAAUUGCCCUGAAAGAGAAGGAGGCAGAAAAUGAGAGACUCCGGAGGCAAGCUGAGGAUGAGGCUUACCAGAGGAAAGCUCUUGAAGACCAGGCCAACCAGCACAAGCAAGAGAUUGAGGAAAAGAUUGUGCAACUCAAAAAAUCCUCUGAGGCAGAAAUGGAAAGACAGAAAGCCAUAGUGGAUGACACACUCAAACAGAGGCGAAUUGUCGAAGAAGAAAUCCGGAUUCUUAAACUCAACUUUGAAAAGGCCUCAUCUGGAAAACUGGAUCUGGAGCUGGAACUGAACAAGCUGAAAAACAUUGCAGACGAAACCCACCAAAGCAAGAUCAGAGCCGAAGAGGAAGCAGAGAAACUAAGGAAGCUUGCCCUUGAGGAGGAGAAGAGGAGGAGGGAAGCAGAGGAAAAGGUGAAGAAGAUUGCUGCUGCAGAGGAAGAGGCCGCCAGGCAGCGUAAGGCAGCCCUAGAAGAGCUUGAACGGCUGAGGAAGAAAGCAGAAGAAGCCAGAAAGCAGAAAGAUGAGGCUGACAAAGAAGCUGAAAAACAGAUUGUUGUGGCCCAACAGGCAGCCCACAAAUGCAGUGCAGCAGAGCAACAGGUUCAAAGCGUCCUUGCCCAACAGAUAGAAGACAGCAUCACGCAGAAGAAGCUCAAGGAAGAGUAUGAGAAAGCCAAGAAGCUGGCCAAAGAGGCCGAAGCUGCUAAGGAGAAAGCAGAAAGAGAGGCAGCUCUCCUUCGUCAGCAAGCAGAGGAGGCAGAACGGCAGAAAGCAGCUGCUGAGGAAGAAGCCGCAAACCAAGCCAAGGCUCAGGAAGAUGCCGAGCGACUGAGGAAGGAAGCUGAAUUUGAAGCUGCCAAACGAGCCCAAGCUGAGGCUGCAGCGCUCAUGCAGAAGCAGCAAGCUGACGCUGAAAUGGCAAAGCACAAAAAGCUGGCCGAGCAAACGUUAAAACAGAAGUUCCAAGUGGAGCAAGAGCUCACAAAGGUUAAGCUGAGGCUUGAUGAAACUGAUAAGCAAAAAUCUGUCCUAGAUGAAGAACUCCAGCGCCUCAAAGACGAGGUCGACGAUGCCGUCAAACAAAGGGGCCAGGUGGAGGAGGAGCUGUUCAAAGUCAAGGUCCAGAUGGAGGAACUGCUCAAACUGAAAAAUAAAAUUGAGGAGGAAAAUCAGCGUCUGAUUAAGAAGGACAAAGACAGCACACAAAAACUGCUUGCUGAAGAGGCUGAGAACAUGAGAAAGCUUGCAGAGGACGCUGCUAGGCUUAGUGUGGAAGCGCAAGAGGCUGCACGCUUGAGACAAAUUGCAGAAGAUGACCUUAAUCAGCAACGGGCACUUGCGGAAAAGAUGCUCAAAGAGAAAAUGCAAGCAAUUCAAGAAGCAUCUCGACUCAAGGCUGAAGCAGAAAUGCUCCAGAAGCAGAAGGACUUGGCUCAGGAGCAGGCUCAGAAGCUGCUGGAGGAUAAACAGUUAAUGCAGCAGCGCCUGGAGGAGGAAUCCGAGGAAUAUCACAAGUCACUGGAAGUAGAGCGAAAAAGGCAAUUGGAGAUCAUGGCUGAAGCUGAAAGACUCAGACUUCAGGUUUCUCAGCUCAGUGAAGCCCAGGCCAGAGCUGAAGAAGAGGCUAAAAAAUUCAAGAAACAAGCCGAUACAGUUGCUGCCCGUCUUCACGAGACUGAAAUUGCUACCCAAGAAAAAAUGACUGUAGUGGAAAGACUGGAAUUUGAGAGACUAAAUACCAGCAAAGAGUCCGAUGAUUUACGCAAAGCUAUUGCAGACCUAGAGAACGAGAAGGCUAGACUGAAAAAGGAGGCUGAAGAACGUCAAAAUAAGUCUAAAGAGAUGGCUGAUGCACAGCAGAAAAAAAUUGAGCAUGAGAAGACAGUCCUCCAGCAGACAUUCAUGACAGAAAAGGAGAUGCUAUUAAAGAAAGAGAAACUCAUUGAAGAUGAGAAAAAGAGGCUUGAGAGCCAGUUUGAAGAGGAAGUGAAAAAGGCCAAGGCUCUCAAAGAUGAACAGGAACGCCAGAAACAGCAGAUGGAGCAGGAGAAAAAGACACUCCAGGCUACCAUGGAUGCAGCCCUUAGUAAACAGAAAGAGGCUGAGGAAGAAAUGCUUAGAAAGCAAAAAGAAAUGCAAGAACUCGAGAGGCAGAGACUAGAGCAGGAAAGGAUUCUGGCAGAAGAGAACCAGAAACUGCGUGAGAAGCUACAGCAGCUUGAGGAUGCUCAAAAAGAUCAGCACACUAGGGAAACUGUCCGUCACAAAGAUGUUAUCCAUCUAACAACGAUUGAGACAACAAAGACAGUUUACAAUGGUCAGAAUGUUGGUGAUGUGGUAGAUGGUAUAGACAAAAAGCCAGAUCUGUUGGCUUUUGAUGGCAUCCGUGACAAAGUACCUGCAAGCAGACUUCAUGAGCUUGGUGUCUUACCAAAGAAGGAGUUUGAUAAACUGAAAAAUGGUGAAACCACUGUUGAAGAGUUAGGCAAGACUGACAGUCUAAGAAACAUUCUCAAAGGAAAGAAUGCCAUUGGUGGUGUUUUGACACCCUCCAAUCAAAAAAUGUCAAUCUAUCAAGCAUCAAAAGAGAAGAAAAUUACUCCCGGCACAGCCAUGAUCCUUCUUGAAGCACAAGCAGCCACAGGUUACAUGUUAGAACCAAUUAAGAACCAGAAACUUUCUGUUAAUGCAGCUGUCAAGGAAGGACUGAUUGGCCCAGAACUGCACAACAAAAUGCUUUUAGCUGAGAGGGCUGUUGUUGGCUACAAGGAUCCAUACACUGGUGGAAAGAUCUCAGUCUUUGAAGCCAUGAAAAAGGGGCUAAUAGAACACGAUCAUGCAAUCAGAGUCCUUGAGGCUCAGCUUGCUACUGGUGGCAUCAUUGAUCCAAUCAACAGUCACCGUGUGCCCACUGAAACAGCCUAUAAACAAGGACACUAUGAUGCAGAAAUGAAUAAGAUCAUGGAGAACCCAUCAGAUGACACAAAGGGAUAUUUUGACCCCAGCACUCAGGAACCUUUGACAUAUUCUGAGUUAAUGGCAAGAUGCACUACUGACCCUGAGACCAGUCUGUUACUCCUGCCAAUCACAGACAAAGCUGCACAGUGCUCUAGUAUAUAUACAGAGGAAGAGACCAAAGAUGUAUUCGGCAAAACAACUGUGUCUGUACCAUUUGGUAGAUUCAAGGGAAAGACUGUCACGAUCUGGGAGAUAAUCAACUCAGAAUACUUUACAGAAGACCAGAAGAAGGACCUCCUCCGUCAGUACAAGACAGGCAAAAUCACAAUUGAAAAGAUCAUUAAGAUUGUUAUCACUGUUGCUGAGGAAAAAGAGAAGAAAAAUGAAAUUACCUUUGAUGGUCUGAGAGCACCCGUGCCUGCUACUGACCUUCUGGAAUCCAAAAUCAUUGAUAAAGAUCUGUACAACAAAUUGCAUAAUGGCAACAUGACUGUCAGUGAGGUAUCUCAAAUGGAGCCUGUCCACAAAGCAUUGAAGGGCACGAACUGUAUUGCGGGUGUAGUCAUUGACUCCUCUAAGGAGACAAUGUCCUUCUAUCAAGCCAUGAAGAAGGACAUGAUGAGGCCCGGGCCUGCCUUGAACUUGCUUGAAGCCCAAGCAGGUACAGGCUACUUGGUUGACCCAGUUCACAAUCAGAAGUAUACUGUUGAUGAAGCUGUCAAAGCAGGUGUUGUUGGUCCUGAGCUGCAUGAAAAGCUUCUGUCUGCAGAAAGAGCUGUUACAGGCUACAGAGAUCCAUACACUGGAAAAGCUGUAUCUCUAUUCCAAGCAAUGAAAAAAGAUCUCAUACCUAAAGAACAAGGACUCCGCUUACUCGAUGCCCAAAUGACAACUGGUGGGAUCAUAGAUCCAGUAAAGAGCCAUCGCAUUCCUCAUGAUGUGGCUUGCAAGAGAAACUACUUUGAUGAUGAAAUGAAGCAGGCUCUGAGUAAUCCAAAUGAUGAAACUAAAUGCUUCUUUGACCCCAACACAAAAGAAAAUCUCACAUACUCUCAGCUCUUUGACAGAUGUGUCACUGACAAGAAAACUGGUCUGCGGGUCCUCCCUCUCUCUGAUGAAGCAAUCAAUGCUAAGGAACAACCAGCAUACACCGAAGCCCAGACCAAAGAGGCUAUGACUCAGGCUACUGUAGAAGUUAACUCUGGACCAUUUAAGGGCAGGAAAAUGACCCUGUGGGAAAUUAUCUACUCUGAAUACCUCACUGAGGAAGAGAGACUUGACCUGCUCAGACAGUUUAGGUCAGGAAAAAUUACAAUUGAAAAGAUAAUUAAGAUUAUCAUCACAAUUGUAGAUGAGAAAGAAGCCAAGAAACAAGAACAGUCCAGCUUCAAGGGACUCAGAGCUCCUGUUCCAGCAGACUCUCUGUAUGAGUCUAAAAUCAUUGACAAACCAACCUUUGACCUGCUUCAACAAGGCAAAACUACACCCAAGAAAGUCAGUGAAAAUCCCAAUGUCAGUAAAUACCUCCAGGGCUCUAGUAGCAUUGCUGGACUCUACCUGGAACCAACAAAAGAGAAACUCAGCAUUUAUCAAGCUAUGAAGAAAAAGCUUCUCCGCCAUAACACUGGCCUUUCACUUCUCGAGGCUCAGGCUGCAAGUGGGUUCAUUGUAGAUCCUGUAAGAAACCAAUGCCUGUCAGUAGAUGAAGCAGUAAAGUCAGGAGUUGUUGGUCCAGAGUUACAUGAAAAACUCCUCUCUGCAGAAAAAGCUGUCACUGGUUACAAAGAUCCAUUCACAGGCCACAAAAUCUCCCUCUUUGAAGCAAUGCAGAAAGAUCUAAUCUUAAAGGAACAUGCGAUGCCCCUAUUGGAGGCCCAGAUUGUGAGUGGAGGAAUUAUUGACCCUGUAAAAAGCCAUCGUGUCCCCACUGAUGUUGCAUAUCAGAAGAACAUUUUGAGCAGAGAUAUUGCCAAGACCCUCUCUGAACCAUGUGAUGAAAACAAAGUUUUCUCUGACCCAGAAACUGAUGACACUAUAACCUACAGACAACUUAAAGACAAAUGCCAAAAAGAUAAAGACACAGGCCUGUACAUGCUCUCACUCUCCAAGCCACAGUCUCCAACUGUUGUAGAGAAGACAUACCUCUACACAGAGGAGCAAACACAGAGUGAGCUGUCCAGUACCCAGCUUGACAUUCCUAUUGAGGGGCUUGCUGAUAAACCCAUGAAUCUCUGGGAUAUCAUGAACUCAAAUUUGCUUCCAGAGCAAGAGAGGCAGAAGCUCCUAGAUGAAUAUCGCUCUGGUAAAAUCACUAAAGAGCGGAUGAUCAUCAUCAUUAUUGAGAUCAUGGAGCAAAGAGAGAUCAUCAGAAAUGAUAGUCCACUGUCAUAUAUGACUAUAAGGAGAAGGAUAACUAUUGAGGAACUCUACAAUGCUCGCAUCAUUGAUUUGGAAACAUACAACCUUCUUAAACAGGGCAAGAGAGACAUCCGUAACAUAAUGGAGUUGACAAGUGUAAAGCAGUAUCUUUAUGGAACAGGCUGUGUCGCAGGCGUCACAACAGACUCGACCUCCAAGCUAAGCAUAUACCAAGCAAUGAAGAGAGGUUUUCUUAAACCAGAAAUAGGCCUCACCCUCCUAGAAGCCCAAGCUGCUACAGGAUUCAUUGUUGAUCCACUGAAGAACGAAACGCUCACUGUUGAUGAAGCUGUCCGUAAGGGUGUUGUUGGCCCUGAGAUCCAUGAUAAACUUCUUUCAGCUGAAAGAGCUGUCACAGGAUACAAAGAUCCCUACAGUGGAAAAAUCAUAGCACUUUUCCAGGCCAUGAAAAAGGAUCUCGUUCCAGAGGAUUAUGCUCUCAAAAUGUUGGAGGCACAAACUGCCACUGGUGGUAUUAUUGAUCCUGAAUUCCAGUUCCACCUGCCAACAGAUGUCGCUAUGCAAAGAGGCUAUAUCAACAAGGAAACCAAUGAGAAACUGAAUGAUGAUGUGAAAGGAUUCAUUGAUCCUGUCACUGAUGAGAAACUGUCUUAUGCACAGCUACUCAAACGAUGCAAGUUGGAUGGUGGAUUGCGCCUGCUUUCAUUGGGAGACCAGCGGCUGACAUUCAAGGGUCUGAGAAAACAAAUCACAAUUGAGGAGUUGAUUCGCUCACAAAUCAUUGAUCAGCAGACCGUCACUGACCUGAAUGAAGGUCUUGUUUCAGUAGAGGAGAUUAGUAAUAGGCUAUCAAGGUACCUGCAGGGCACAGGCUGUAUUGCUGGUGUAUUUUUGGAGUCCACAAAGGAACGGCUGUCAAUUUACCAGGCUAUGAAGAAGAACAUGAUUAGGCCAGGCACUGCAUUUGAACUCCUUGAGUCCCAGGCAGCCACAGGAUAUGUUAUCGAUCCAAUCAAAAACCUCAAACUGACUGUCAAUGAAGCAGUAAAGAUGGGAAUAGUAGGCCCAGAAUUCAAAGACAAGCUUCUCUCUGCUGAGCGUGCAGUAACAGGAUAUAGAGAUCCUUAUACAGGCAAGACAAUCUCUUUGUUCCAGGCCAUGAAGAAAGGGCUUAUCCUAAAAGAUCAUGGUAUCCGUCUACUCGAAGCUCAGAUUGCCACUGGCGGAAUAAUUGACCCGGAGGAAAGUCACCGUCUGCCAGUUGAGGUGGCUUACAAUCGUGGCUUCUUCGAUGAGGAAAUGAAUGAGAUACUGACAGAUCCAUCUGAUGAUACCAAAGGCUUUUUUGAUCCCAACACUGAGGAAAACCUAACCUACCUCCAGCUGAUGGAGAGGUGUAUCACUGAUCCUGACACCGGCCUGGUGCUUCUGCUACUCAAAGAGAAGAAGCGGGAAAGAAAGACCUCUUCCAAAUCCUCAGUACGUAAACGCAGAGUUGUCAUUGUAGAUCCAGAGACUGGCAAAGAAAUGACUGUGUAUGAGGCCUACCGCAAGGGGCUCAUUGACCACCAAACCUACCUGGAGCUUGCUGAGCAGGAGUGUGAAUGGGAAGAAAUCACAAUGACUUCUUCUGAUGGCACUGUAAAAUCCGUCAUUAUUGACAGGAAGUCAGGAAGACAGUAUGAUGUUGAUGACGCUAUUGCACGUGGCUUUAUUGACCAGAAGGCUCUUGAAACAUACCGAGCUGGAAACCUGUCCAUCACAGAGUUUGCUGACUUGCUUUCUGGAAACAUGGGAGGCUUCCGUUCACGAUCAUCCUCAUUUGGUUCUACCACUGGUUCCACUUACUCCUCUUCAAUGAGCCCCCUACCAUCAAUUAAACCACCUGCAGUCAUAUGGAAUGACCCAACAGAGGAGACUGGCCCUGUAGCAGGAAUAUUAGACAUAGACACAUUGGAAAAAGUGUCUGUCACUGAGGCAAUCCACAGAAAUCUGGUAGAUAACAUCACUGGUCAAAGACUGUUGGAGGCCCAGGCAUGUACAGGUGGAAUAAUUGACCCCACAAGUGGAGAGAGAUACUCAAUUGCAGAGGCCACAGAAAAAGGUCUUGUGGACAAAAUCAUGGUUGAUCGUCUGAACCUGGCUCAAAAAGCAUUCAAUGGAUUUGAAGACCCCAGAACUAAAGUGAAGAUGUCUGCCUCCCAGGCGUUGAAAAAGGGCUGGCUGUAUUAUGAGGCUGGUCAGCGUUUCCUUGAGGUCCAAUAUCUAACUGGUGGACUCAUUGAGCCUGAUGUUGAGGGCAGGGUGUCAAUAGAUGAAUCCAUUAGGAAGGGUACGAUCGAUGCUCGCACUGCCCAGAAACUGAGGGAUGUCGGUGCCUAUUCUAAAUAUCUGACCUGCCCAAAAACCAAACUGAAAAUCUCCUUCAAAGAUGCCAUGGACAAAAGUAUGGUUGAGGAAGGCUCCGGCUUAAGGCUUCUGGAAGCCUCUUCCCAGUCUAGCAAAGGCCUCUACAGUCCCUACAAUGCUAGUGGCUCUGGAUCGGCUUAUGGCUCCCGGAGUGGCUCAAGAACCGGAUCCCGAUCAGGCUCCAGGAGAGGCAGUAUUGAUGCUGGCUCUGGCUUUAGCAUGAACUUCUCAUCUUCCUCCUUUACAUCUUCUUCUGGCUACAGCCGCAGAUUCUAGAUUUUAUAGAUUGACUAGAAACCAGCAGUACUAAUGCACUUUACAGUUGCAUUUCUAACAGGAAAUAAAUAGUUAAAGUAACAGAAAAUAUAAUUUAUUUGUUCUUCCCUGCAUGUGGCCAAAACAAGAAUUGUCUAGGUUAUUACUUUUUCACAUAACAUCAGUCUAAACAUGCGCUCUAGAUGUAGAAACAUAACCAGGCAUUGCAAAAUAUAUAAAAUAUUCAUAUCUUCUGGUACAGAUGACAAAGUGAGUUUAUAUUUUUCAAAGCAAAGCAUGCCUUUUCUGCUGUUUGAGUUUAUAGUUUUUAUAUAACACAAUUCAAAAGAUGUAUACUUUAUACUUUCUGAAACUAAUAUAUACUUCCUGUAUAUCAAACAGAAAUAUUUCUUGAAUAUUUCAUGUUUCCUUAGAAAUUUUGUUUAUUUUUUAUCUUUUUCAGCAGUACUGGUAAAGAGAUACCAAAUGUUAACAUAAUUCUAAUGUUUUUAACUAAAAUAUUUGGAUGCAUUUAAAAUUCCUGAAUGUUUGUAAAGAGUAUGCACAGAGUAUGUGUUAAUUUUUUAAUGUUACAAAUUGUCUGGGUUACUGCAUUAUGCACCCAGUAACUUGCAGCACAGAAUACAUCUGCGACACUACACAAAGAGACACUAUAGGAAUGCAACAAGUUCCACAAUUAAAUCCAUGUACACUGUUCUGAAAUCAGUUUUAGAUCUGUCAUUACUUUGCUUUUACACCCAUUUAUAUUCAGUAUGUGUUUUCAUCUUUUGAGUUAACUGCACCAUUGUUUUACACACUGCUCAUAACCCUCAUCACUCAAGUGCUCCCACUAAAUCCCAAGAUGAUGUCAGACUCGAUCCCGAUCCCCUCCACAGACCUGCUCCUGUUAUUUUGAUUCUUCUGCCUCAGUCACUCAGAAUCCAACAUCUGGUCACAUGUACUCAACUGGCUGGAGAAAACAAUCUUCUAACCUUGGAUGGAUCUGUGAGUCCAUGCCAGCCUCAUGCUGUAACACAGAUACCAUUGAGUAUGUCCUUUCUUCCAUUGUACAUCACUGUUGAAGGAAGCUGAGGCUGAGUCAACAUCAUCUUGGGAAGCCUUUCUAGGAACACUUCAUUUAUUACCAUUUGCCAUGUAUUUAUUACUUGAAUGCUAAUACUGAUAUUUAUGCUAUAUCCUGGCAUUUUUAGAGAAAAGCCACUCAGAAUAAAAACAUUUAUGUGUACAUUUCAAUCGAGACAAUACAUCUAGACUUUUUUUUUGCUAUUCCUGACUACAUAUCCAGUUCAACUGAAGUGCCUAUGAAAGUAAUUUAGAGAACUGAGAUAUUGAUUCAGCACCACAUUGCAUGAAUUUAUGUUUUUUCAAAUUAAUUCCUUUCUUUUGCUUUUUUUUUUUUUUUUUUUUGCUGCAAAUUUCCUUUUUUGCAGAUUCAAAGACAGCACAAAGAAUAAUUGUGCUUAGUUAUUUUCUCAAAUGACCUAUUUCUGUUAUGCAUCUUUAAAGUUUUACUGCUGUAAAUCUUUUUGUUUUCAUGAUGGUUUUGAUAUUAUGAAUGUCUUGCAUGUUUUACUAACUUUUUAAAGGAUAUUGGGGGGAAAAAUGUUGGUGUAAAAUAAAAGCAACUUCAGUAAGUGUUAAGUGUGCCAAUUUAAGUUUCAGCAAUGUAUAAAACGACAAACUAACUGGUUGGAUUUUGUUAUGGGGCAGAUGUUGCUUCAGCGACAUGGCAGAAAAAACCUCUUGUAUGUGAACUUAACACUAUGUUGUAAAUAAAAGUGCUCUGAAGAA